UCCAAUGACAAGUUCCGGAAGAUGAAAUACUAGUUUCCUGUGCGCCAGUUUUGAACGUGCUUUGUUGUUUAUGGGAGUAAGGUGUUUAGUCACAAAGUUAGGAGCAUCAUAUCCAAAGGUUAAUGUGGCUACCUUUUCCCGAACAUCAAAUAUUGUAAUCACAAUUAGUAAUACGUGAUUAGUCACUAUGGAUGACGACACUCAAAGAUUAUUUCAUAGAGUUGCAGAGAAACUGGGCUGGUCAGAGAAGGGAGGAUUGAAGACUGCAGAAGAACAGCUGAUAAAGGACAUUGGUAAAACACGCCGACCCGCCGUAGGUAGUCAUCGAAUCAGUGGGGCUCAAAACCUUCACCGCCCGCCGCAGCUCCAUCUUCUGGACAGUGAGGAAGAGAACGAUGAAUGCUCCGAGAAAGAGAAUCGGGUUAGACAGGUCUCCCAGGGCAACGCUUACAGGACCACAAUGUUGAUCGAGUCCAGUGACGAUGAUUUUGACCAAUUUCUUGCCGAGCAGGCUACGCCCAAAGCUGCUCCUCGAAAAAAAUGCAGUGCUGUGAAGAAAGUCAGUGAACCCGUCCUUGUAUUGAGCUCAGACAGCGAUGGGAGCUUCGAGGACUUCCUUAGCCGUGUGAGAACACCCAAGCCUAAACCUAAGAAAGUAGACAGUGGCAGUGAAGACAGCCUCAAAAAAUUCAUUGCCAACAGCUUUUCAUCUGAUGAUGACUUUGUUACGGAGAAGAAAAAAACUUCUGAAGGUUCCUCGAAGACCCCCAGGCUGCCGUCCUCUCAGCCCCUGAUCAGAAGACCCCUGUCCCUGUGUGACUCCCCGGUUUUCCUUAGCGACAGUGACGGCGACGACAUAGCGGUGAAGAGCACAUGGCGGACGCGUCACACCAAACGCCAGCCGGCGCCGUCGGGCGAGGUCGGAGUUCAGCGGAACAAACCGAAGGACAACAACUUUGGUUCCUGUCCCUCCCCUCCUCCUCCGGCCGCAUACCUCUCCUCCAGUCCUCCUGUCAUCGCCUCCUCCUUUACCCCCACCCCCUUAAGGGCCCCAACGCAGCGGACCCACUCGGCCCCGAUGAUGCUGGAGGACUCGGCCAGCUCAGAAGAAGAGUUCCUCAGCUUACUGGAGAGGAUAAAGAAGACUCCUAAGACGGGCCUCAACCCAGCACCUACACAGAACAUAGGGCCUGUUCAAAAGCCCCCUCCAUCAGUUCAAAGGACCAAGGUCCCGAAAGAGGCGGGCCCUCGGCCAGUAGGGAGAACACCAUUGGACCUGAAGACCCCAGUGCGGUUGCCAGUCACUAAACCCAAAGUGUCGCAGACGGAACCCAGACUCCAGACCGCCAGGCUUCCCUCUUCCAGAGCAUUGGCACCAGUCUGCAAGACGCCAGGCUGUUUUCUCCAGUCUCUGUCUGGACCAGACUCCAGCUAUAACCGCAACUUCAAACAGACCAGGGAAGAGCUCACCAGCAAACUGUUCCGCCUGUACAACACCAGCGUGUUCGACGGCAAGCUGCCCGGCAACAUGUCAGUCAGCUGGAAUAAGAAGAUGAGGAAGACCGCUGGCCACUGCAUCACAGGCCAGGAGAGAGGAGGGAACCGCUACGCACGCAUCGAACUCUCUGAGAAAGUCUGCGAUUCGCCAGACCGUCUGCGGGACACGUUGGUCCAUGAGAUGUGCCACGCUGCCACCUGGCUGAUAAACGGUGUGAGGGACGGGCACGGGCCCUUCUGGAAGCUGUAUGCCCGCAAGGCCACGCUGGCUCAUCCUGAGCUGCCCAUGGUCACCCGGUGCCACAGUUACGACAUCAACUACAAAUACCAGUACCGCUGCAGUUGCUGUGACAACAUUAUCGGUCGCCACUCUAAGUCCCUGGACACCCAGAGGUUUGUAUGCGCUCUCUGUACCGGUCAGCUGGUCCUGCUCACCCCUGCCAAGCCCCGGGCUCCCACGCCCUUCGCCACCUUUGUCAAGGAGAACUACGGGAAUGUUCGCCAGGAGCUGGUGGGCCAGAGUCACGGUGAGGUGAUGAGAAAGCUGAGCGCCGACUUUGCCACCAAGACCAAACUCGUUUAGAGCUGAGAGAAAGAGAGGCACCAGCCAUUCUGUGUAUAUAUAAAAAAAAACUGUGGCUUGAAGAUUUCUGUUGGUCUCAUGACUUAAUGGAAAGGAGGUGGAACCAUUCUGCUGUGACGGGUCGUGACAUGGAUCCUAACCAAAGGAGUAAUGGAGCCAUUUUUAUCGCGGUAACUCAUUUAGUUCACUCCUUUCCUUCAUCUUUAGAUUAAAACUGUACUCAAAAAGGUUUGUGCAAGGGGAGUCUGGGAGUGGUCUGAGAGGGCUGGCUCUUACAUCCCUUACACCAAAAGGGCAUUAGUGUCAUUUUUACAAUUUCACAGACAAUUUCACACAACCUCAGUGUGGAAAGUGUAUAAAACACAGAAUGGAAAAAAUAAAAAAUUGCACUGGGCUUUUAGGAGUAUAUUACUCCUCUGUGCUUGGGGUACAAGUACUUGUGAUGUUAAAAAUUAUCAGUCAUUGAAGCGUCACUAAACAUGCAUUCUUUUAUAAAUUCCUCCUUGAAGGUUUCCAUUGCACUGUGUUGGAGCAUUGAGGUGGGUUCCUUCUCUUUGGACCAACCUAAUGUUUGUUAUUUGUGAGGUCUUCAAGUUGGUAGGUCUCAGUCUUAAACACAUCUGUGAAUAUAUCAGGUUUUCAGAGACAGCUAUGAUAAGUCCGUCUAACCGCUUACUUCUCUAACCAGUCUUCCCAUUACAGUGAAACUGAGCCAAGAGCAACACUGAGCGGUUUAACUGGACUUUGUGAAUGAGUCAUGUGUUUGGUUGUCCGACAAGCCAGCAUGUGGAAAAUCUCUUACCCUUGAAAUACAUUUUGGGUUCAUUAUUAUAUGUUGUAAGUUCUCUUAUACUUGCUCUGUCCAGACUGGACUCCAAUUACUUUGCAUUAUACAUGUUUGAGUUACUUGAACUAUUCAUCUGUGAACUAUGAAAGAAAAAAGAAAACAACAGAACUUAAGUAUGUUUACAAGGUUUAUUUUUCAGGUUUAAUGAAAUGUAAAAGGUUUUCAUGUGCAUUGCGGGAAAAGUUUCAACUUCUCAGCCAUAGAUGCAAAAAAAAUCCCUUUAUAUAUUUGUCUUACUAUUUAUGUAAUUGUGGUUUUGGUGGUGAUGUUUUAUUAUUAAAUAAAGAUUAAUUUUUUAUGAAAUUA